AUGGAACGUGCGGAACCCUGGGAUGACCUUGUCAGAAACAUCAACAGGGUGGGCCGACAGAGUCACAUGUAUCAGCAGGUGCAUCACAGAGCUACUGACAUGAUACAUGCAGCCAGAAGGUGUGCAGCUGAAGUGGCACGUGAUUGUGAGGUCAUCGACGGUGAGCCUGCAGCAGAGGAACCCCUCAGUGCCACAGACGAAUUCCUGGCAAAUAUUGCAACUCAGGAAUGCUCCCAGCAGUCUAACAGCCAGUAUAUCCUUGAUGUGGAUGCCAAUCCUCCUACUCAGGAGGAACAUCCAGGUUUUACAUAUGUUCCCAAUUUUAAGUAUGAUAUUGGAAAGAUUUUAAUCAACUUAAAGCUUUAUACGAGGCAAUUGAAUUUGAAUAUAUUUUUUGCUAAUAAUAUUAACAGAGUUAAUAGGGACUCUAGUAGUUUAACACUAAAAAGAUCUAGUACCUUUAUACCCCCGCAAAAUCCUAUGAUUCAUUUAUUUGAAACAUUAUGCGAGGUCCAAAUUCGAAGAGCUCUUAAGAAACCUACUUUAUUAGAAGACAACCUCACCACAGCUGAAAGAUUCUGUUUGAAAGAAUUAACAACCAAUGACAAAUUCAGAGUCAUGAAACCAGAUAAGGGAGGUGGUGUGGUUGUGAUGACUAAAACAGAUUAUCUAAACAAGAUGACUAUCAUGCUGAGUGAUGGCGACACAUAUGAAAAGGUGUCUAAAUAUGAGAUGUGUAGGGCCAACACAAAGGUUGAUUGGCAUCUAUAUGAACUUUUGGUUGAUGGUAUGAUUGACAAGGAUGAAUACGAUUAUUUUAUGGUGGAGUUUCCUAUUACUCCAUCCAUUUUUGGUAUCCCCAAAAUUCAUAAAAAUACCAACAACAAACCCUUUAGGCCAACUGUUUCAGCCAGAGGUUCAAAAAUGGAAGCAGUAGCCCAUUAUAUAGAUUUUAAUUGUAAGGAUAUUUUAAAAAAGCUACCGCAUAUACUUAGAGAUUCCUGGCACUGCCUGGAUGUUAGAGAACACACAGCAGAUAUAAGUAAAAACACUAUCAUGGUGACGAUAGACAUUGUUAAUUUGUUCUCAGUUAUACCAUACCAAUUGGGAUUAGAAAUGUUUGAGACCAGUUUGUUCAACUUUGGUCAUAUGCACACAGUGAAACGAAAAUUAAUGGUUGAAUUAAUGGAAAUGGUUUUAGAGAACAAUUAUAUGUUUAUGGAUGGUGAUAGUGAGCAACUUGUGAUUGACAGCUGGGAUUGUAGCUUCCCAGAUGACUGCACAGAAGUUGAGCCUACUGAGAACUCUGAAAGCUUAUGUACACUUUUGGCAGAAUUUUUCAAGUAUUUCAUGGAAUUCGAUUUUGCUGGCAAUGUUAUAUCCUUGAGAGAGGGUAAAGUCCUACCAGUUACAGAUUUUAUGAACCCCAAAGUGGAGAGAAAGUUCAAACUUGGUCCAAUGAACAUUCAGGAUCCCUUUGAAUUGGUUCACAAUGUUGCUGGCAACAUCAAUGAGCGAACUGCACAGAGAUUUAAAAAGGAGUGUAAAGAUGCAUCAAAAUAUUGUCGUAGCCUGCAAUAUCAGAAAAAGUCUAGCAAAGGAAAAAUAUGGGGCCUGGUGCGUCUUUUUCAGCCACGUAGUACCACAGAGUGGUCUCCUACUUCAUCUCCCUCCACAGACCAAGUAGAAGCGGCCGAUAAAAAUGAAACAUUAAUAGCCAUCCCAUUCAAAGCUUCUACAUUGCCUGAUAACACAAAAAAGGAACUGUGCCUGAGUUCAGACUUUCGAGAUGUAUGGUUCAACAAAAUCUGUCAUGCCAUGCUAUAUGUAAUGGAGGAAGUUCUGAAAUGCAACUGCUGUUGUACUGAGGAGAGUGGUGUAGAUGAGGUUUCUUUUGAAGUCAGUCAUACUGACUCUGUGACUAAAUGUGAUCAAUCCAAAGGUGUACCUCUGUCUACUUCAGAAAGGUCUUUAGAGGGUGAAGAUGGUGUUGGCAUUUGUCACACUGGUUCUGAGAAUAAAUGUGAUUUGACUAAAGCUAUACCAAGAGACGCAUCUCAUUCUGCUUCAAAAAGCUGUUUGGAGGAAGAUGAUGGUGUGGACUUUGUUCAGAGUGACUCUGAUAUUAAGUGUUAUCAAGCCAAAUACACUUCUCACUCUGCUUCAAAAAGAUCAUUGGAGGAGGAGGAGAAUGCUGUGGAACAUUCCACCUCCAAAAAGCCAAGGUUAGAUAGCAAAAAGUACACAAAUGGUGUGAACUGGUACUGCACAGUGUGGCACAAGGUAUGGAUGGGGCGACGCAAAAUGAGACGACAACUCCUGCACAGUGCUGCUGAAGAUGGUGCUGAAGGUGAUGCAAAUCCAGCAGAUGGCACCUUGGAAGCAAAUGGUUUGGACCUGGAAGCAAAAGUGACAGAGGCUCUACUGCAGCAAGAAAGCAAAACAGAAGUAUCUGAACCACUACUGACAUUUUCCUUGUCGGCAAGAGUAGCAGGAGAGAAUGAGAACACAAAAACAUUGCUUAGUGUUAUUCCUGUUCAAGGCAACAGCUCUUUGUUCUUGGACUUCUUUCAUUUUUUAGAAUCUUUUAUUCCAAAGUCAGUUGAAAAAUACAUUGAAAAAGCAGAAUAACUCAAGUUGUUGGCAAGACUUGCCUAGACUAGUGGAAACUGUAUAGCUUUAAUUUGUUUUUUCUUUUUAAUCUGUUAAGAAACAGAAAUAUUUUAAUAUCUGAUAAACUGCUUUGUAUUACCCAAGUUGAAUGGAAUGUUUGAUAAACUACAUUUUGUAACUUAAAUAUGAUUGAGUCAGUUCCUUGUUAGAGUUUUAGGAGGGAAUGAGCACAUAGACAAUGAAUAGCCUUAUUCCUGUUCAAGACCAUAUUCUUUGUUCAGACUUGCCAUUCUUUUAGAAUUUAUGUUCUGAAAUAUAAUAUUGAAAGGUAUGUUUAAAAAGCAGGUUAUUUCAUUUAUUGCAGAAAAAGUUAGAACACACAGCUGUAAUUUUGCAUUCGUCUAAAAAUGACAGUUAUAGUAUCAAAAAAAAAAAACACGUGUGUUCUGUUAGCUAAGUUUAGUGGGACAUGUGAUAAAAUAGUUUGUAUCAUUUUAAA